AAACGAGUGGCUGUGGACUUUAGCCACCGCAGAUUUCAAGAUAAUUCUCAAUGCUUCCUCACACCACUCUCCCCUGUACUUCUCUCUACACUCAUAGCUUCAAGUUCCCUCUUAGCUUCAGAUCAAUGGCGACCAUCACAAAUUUCGUAGCCAAACCACCUUUAUCUCUAUCUUCAAUCCCCAAAGCCAGCUCUCUUUACCACCACCGGUCCUUCUUAUCCUUAGUCACCAAACUCAAACCUCUAGCAACCAAACUAGAAGCCAAACAAGCCCGCUUCAACUUCACCACAAAGGCCACGGCCGCCCCGGGCACUAAGAAAGUGGGGAGCGAUGAGAGAGUAGUACGAGUCCACAGCAUAGCGGAAUUCGAUGGAGUGCUUCAAUCGGCAAAGAACAAGCUCGUGGUGGUCGAAUUCGCCGCCAGCCACAGCUCCGAGAGCAAGAAAAUGUACCCCUUCAUGGUUGAUCUCAGCCGCACGUGUGGCGACGUGGAGUUCUUACUGGUGAUGGGAGACGAAAACGAGAAGACCAGGGAGCUAUGCAGGAGAGAAAAAAUCGAGAAGUUUCCGCACUUCAGCUUCUACAAGAGCAUGGAGAAGAUUCACGAGGAGGAAGGCAUAGACGGCAACCAGCUUGUCGGAGAUGUGUUAUAUUACGGCGACAACCAUUCGGCGGUGGUGCAGUUACAUAACCGAGAGGACGUUGAGAAGUUGAUUCAAGAUCACAAGGUUGACCAUAAGCUGAUUGUGCUUGACGUGGGGCUCAAGCAUUGUGGGCCGUGCGUGAAGGUGUAUCCGACGGUGGUUAAGCUGUCGAAGAGGAUGGAGGAUACGGUGGUGUUUGCGAGGAUGAACGGUGAUGAGAACGACAGCUGUCUGCAGUUCCUCAAGGACAUGGAGGUGGUGGAGGUGCCGACGUUCUUGUUCAUCAGGGAUGGUGAGAUUUGCGGAAGGUACGUGGGCUCUGGGAAGGGUGAGCUCAUUGGUGAGAUUCUGAGAUACCAAGGAGUACGUGUCACUUACUAAGUUUGGAUUUAUUAGCAAACUACAUUAACAAAAUUUGGUCUUCUGAAUUAUGGCCAUAUAUAUACAUGAAUAGCGAUGAGAUUUGAAUUAAUGUAGAACCUACUAGUUGCGUUGCAUUA